AUGGCUGAGGACAUGAAUGUCCCGGAUGAGCUUGUGUUCCCUGGCCUUGUUGUCGAUGUUGAUGCUUUGCCUGGUCAGAAUGGUGUUGGUGCUGGUGUUGCUGGUCAGAAUGGUGUUGCUGGUGGUGUUGGGGCUGGUGUUGGCGCUGGGGCUGGUGUUGGCGCUGGGGCUGGUGCUCAAAGGAGUGCCAUGAGGUGGACAAAUGUGAGCUCUGGCUUUAUCCUUCGCCGUAUGUGCCAGUUGAUUGCAACUGGGGUGAGGACAGACAAAGGGUUCAACGAGGUCCAUCUAAAUCAGGUUGCAAGGGCACUUCAAGAAUUUAGUGGGAAUGAGGUGACUGGUACACAGAUCUACAACCACUUGAGGAAGUGGAGGCAGAAAUGGAUUAAGAUCUCCAAACUCAGGGAGCUUAGUGGUGCUUUGUGGAAUGAGGAAUGUUCCAUGAUCGUGCUUGAAGAAGAGCACUACAAUGGGCACAUCAAGGCACACCCAAAAGAUGCUGAAUAUCUUAACAAGCCCAUUCAGCACUUUAAGGAGAUGCAAAUCAUCUUUGGCAAUGGCCAGGCAACUGGCAAAUAUGCUAUGGGGUCUAAUGAGGCUCUAGGCACUCCCUCUGAUUUUGUUGAAAGCUCACUGAAGACUGAGGUCACUGAUGAUACUAGAGGUGGGAAGAUAGAGGGAACUGAGCCAACUAAGUCUGAACCAGGUGCUGGAGGUAAGAGGAAGAGGUCAGUGUUGUCUGAGGAGGAUGUUGUCCUCUUCACUGGGAUGACUCAGGCAGUUAACAAUGUUGCUGACGCCAUUCGUGAAACUAAGGUUGAGGAUUCCCACCCUGAUUUGUAUGAUGCUGUCAUGUUUAUGCCUGGGUUCAGUGAUGAGGCACUGUUGUGUGCAUAUGGACAACUUCUCGACAACAAUGCCCAAGGAUCUGCUUUUGUGAAGAUGAAUCACUCUCACCGUUUGCUCUGGCUGAGAACCUUCUUGGUCAAGCACUUCUAUGUGUGA